GUUAGGGUUUUAAAGUUUUAGUUAUUAUCAAUCUUUGACUCUCUUCCACAGCAUGAGUUUUCCUGUUUUCCUCCCCUCAUUGUGACAGAGGUUUCUUCCUGUUAAAAAGGAGUUUUUCCUUUCCACUGUUGCCAAAGCGCUUUUUCAUAAGGGUUAAUUGAUUGUUCGGGUUUUUUCUGUUUCUUUUGUAUUACUGCAUUAUUGUAUUAUUGAGUCUUGACCUUACAAUAUAAAGUGCCUUUAGGCAACUGUUGUGAUUUGCCCUGUAUAAGUAAAAUCGAAUUGAAUUAAACGGAAAAUUAAUUCUUUGAUCUUAAUGUGAUCAAUCGAUCUCCGUUAACGAGCCUUGUCCAUGGCUUUUAAGGUGGCAGGAAUUAAGCCACUGUUUAAAAAGCAUUGUUUAUUGACCCAGCCGUCUAACUAUAGGCCAGUGUCCAGCCUUCAUUAGAUCACUUUUCACUCAUCCAGAUAUUAAAAUAAAAAGCAGCUGCACAACAGUUUAAACCCAACCUUUUUAAUAAGUGGUGAAACUCGUAUUUAUUCUGCCCUGAAGGGAAACUGACAUUAAAAAUUAUCCUCUGCGUUUUUGAUAUUUUUUAAUAAUUCUUUCCCCAGUCCUGAACUCCACCAUCACUUUGUUCCUGCCCACUUCUCAACCACUCGGCAUUGUCCAGUAAGGCGCGGUUAGAACUUUGGAAACUGCACGGAAACACGUUAACGUUGGCUGAAAGCUCAUCUCUGUAGACAAACAUCUACAAAAACGGACAAUGUCGUAAGAGCUCGCGGUGGGGCAGGCAGAACUGGGAGCAGCCGCCCCUCCGACCUCCUCGUUAAGUAACAGAUUGUUUGGAGACUCUUCACACUUGGAAGAAGGCUGCAGUCUAGGACCGACCACCUCACUCCCACUUUUCUCUGGCCGGAGUCUACAGCGAAGACUUUUUAAAUUUUACGCUUGUUUAAGAAAAAGACAUUUGUGUCCAUCUCAUCUGAAGCUUUCUUCAUACUGCUGAGACCAGCAGAGCUGAAGAUGAAGAGCAGGCUCUCUCUGGCAGUGGUUGCUGCCCUCAUGGCACUGCUGCUGUCCUCCUCUCAGGCCCAGGAGAUAGACACUCAGUGUAACACUACAGUGAAGGCCGACAUCGUGCUGCUGCUUGAUGGCUCCUGGAGCAUUGGCCAAAUCAAUUUCCAAACCAUCCGCAACUUCAUCGCUCACAUGGUCAGCGUGUUUAACAUCGGCCCAGACAGUGUCCAGAUUGGUCUGACUCAGUACAGCAAUAAACCAAAGACUGAAUGGAACCUUAACGCCCACCCCACCAAAGAAUCCCUGCUGCGUGCUGUUGCCGCCCUGCCAUAUAGAGGAGGAAACACGCUGACAGGAAUGGCUCUAAACUAUAUCCUCAAGAACAGCUUCAAACCCAAAGUGGGGUUGCGUCCAGACUCCCACAAAAUCGGCAUCCUGAUCACUGAUGGAAAGUCCCAGGAUGAAGUCAUCUUAGCUUCACAGAACCUGAGAGACAGUGGCAUCGAGCUCUAUGCUAUCGGUGUAAAAAACGCUGAUGAGUAUGAGCUGAGGUCCAUCGCCUCUGACCCAGAUGACAUUCACAUGUACAACGUCUACGACUUCCAGUUCCUGGUGGACAUCAUUGACAAACUCUCUGUCAACCUGUGUAACAGUGUUAAGGGCUCAGGCUCUGCAGAUGGGAAAAGACUGAGAGUGUCAGACGAGACAGAGAAAACCAUGAGAGUCACGUGGACGCCGGCGCUGGGCAAGCUGCUCAACUACCGGCUGAAGUACGUUCCCCACAACGGAGGCAAAGAAGUGGUCCAGAAAAUCCCUGCAAAGGCCACUUGUACCAUCAUGAAGAAUCUGAAGCCUGCGACCACAUACAAUAUCACCGUUCUGCCCAUCUACAAGCGCAGCGAAGGAAAAGCAAGGCAAGGAGUAGGAACGACACUGUCACUGUACAAGAGUCCUUGGAACCUUCUGACCUCAGAGCCCACCAGGACCAGUUUCAGAGUGUCCUGGGAUCCAGCACCUGGGGAAGUCAGGGGCUACAAAGUCACGUUUCACUCAAGGAAUAAUAUUGACCUUAAGGAGCUCUUUAUCGGCCCCGACGUUAACACAAUUGUUGUAGAGAAACUCAGUUUAAAGUGUGCAGGAGAUGAAAAGCCGACCCUCACGGAUGAACCCAAAUCUCCUCCUCUAGAUCCUUCUGUCUCUGCAGACACUCAGUGUAAGACCACAGCAAAGGCUGACAUCAUGCUGCUAGUCGACGGCUCAUGGAGCAUUGGGCGCAAAAACUUUAAAACCAUCCGCAGCUUCAUCGCUCGCCUGGUCAGCGUGUUUGACAUCGGCCCUGACAGAGUCCAGAUCGGUCUGGCUCAGUACAGCGGUGACCCAAAGACUGAAUGGCACCUGAACACCCACCACACCAAAGAAUCCCUGCUGAAUGCUGUUGCCAACUUGCCAUAUAAAGGAGGAAACACCAUGACAGGUUUUUUUUAUUACUUUGGUCUUGCUAUCACUGACAUGGGUGCCAGUGUGGGAGACAAAUUUAAUUCAUUUGUAUAUACUGUGCUUUCAAAGCACUUCACAUACUAGGGCCGAACCCUUGGUGUGAGACUCAGCCACAGUGGAGAACGAUAAGCUCACUUUUAAAAGGAAGAAACUUCAGACAGGUAUGAGAAAGACAAUGGACAAACUACCGGAGAGAGUAGACACAAAGUUAAUGAGAUGCAGCAGGGCAGAAAAUUCAUGGAGAUUGAAAGAGAGGCGAGACACACUAAGCAUACAAGGUAAUAAUUCAACAAGACUUUUAUGUUAUUACUCAGUUUUAUUGGUUGAAGGUGAAUGGGUUGCGUGAAGAUAUAAGCAGGAUGAUGAGGAGGAAGUGAACCAAGGAGAGACACAGAAGUAGUACAAGUUAAAAGCGACAAUACACUGGGAGCAGAAGCUGAGAUGAAGCUGAGCAUUGAACAGCUAGAAGGAAAAUCUGAUAUAUUGCAAGAUGAUGAUCUUCCAUGGGAAUCCAUACCUACAACUCAAAUACACCCACAUAGAUUAAUAAAGGUCCCUCUAUGAAUUGCUACCUUGUUGUGAUGGAGGGGUUUUAAUAUAAUUCAUUUUUAUUCUAUAUUAAUCACAUUUCUUUUUGCAUGAGGAAACAGACUGGAGAAAAAAGGGAAAAUAUAUGCACUUAACAUGUUUAUCAAACAUCUUGAACAUUCACGUCAACAAAAAACUCUGUAAACAUUUAUCCACUCUCUCUCUGUUACUCUUGCACUUCAAGUCCUUGAAACGAGGAACCAAAGCUAUGUAAAGCGCAUGUUCUCGCAUUAAUAUAGGACCUACAUAUUAAUAGGUCUGCAAUCUACUUGGCAAUUGUGUCAGUUAAUAUUUUUGAGGUAGACUUACUGUGUCCCCGAUGCUCUGUGAGUGGUUUGUCGCAGGCUGGAUGACGCGUUAGCCAAAGUCCUAGCUGCAUCCCCAACUAACGUAUGCUUUGCGUCAAUGUGAUAUUUUAUGAUGGAAGCGCUUUGGUGAAAGAAAAUGCACAAUGUGCAUGAUACUUUAUGUCGGUCAACUUUUCCUUCUUAUUUUUUUUCAUACUCAAAUUUCCCAUCGAGAGGGCCAAUGUGCGUUUAUCAUCUUCCAUAUUGAGUUGAUUGGUUCAGCAGUCACUACCAGAUCAACUGCCCAUUUGCGCGUGUGUGAAGGUGCUUGGACAAACUGCCCGAAAUGCAUUGACAGAAACAUUUCAGGGAUUUUGAGUUAUUCUGCACUCCAGAUGCGUUAAUAUGCGUUAGAAAUUUUAAUCGUGUUGACCGUGAUGGCGGAUUAAUUUGCAUUAAUGCGUUAAUUUUUACAGCACUAAUAUAUAUAAAUAAGUAAACUAUAUACACAGUGUAUGAGUCACAGAAACAUUAUAUUGGUGCGUAGAAAGGCAGUAAUACAAUAUAAUAUAUAAGUAAGGAUUGAAGGGCUAUGGUCAUUUAGCAUGGGGAUAGUAAUUGCACAUCUGCCAGACCAAAAUAUUGCACAUAUUGCACAGGGGCCAAAAUAUUGCACAGAAAAAGGGAAGACCAAAAUACUGCAUAUGGAAUGGUAGCAACAUAGUCAAUAGCAGCGACAGAGUGAUUGUGUGGGAGAAGUUUGUUCACACUCUUAAUUUGCAUUGAGAGUUGUGAUAGCUGACAGGAAGACGCUCUUUUUUUAGUCUAUUGUUUUUGCACCUGAUGGAUCUGAACCUUUUUCCAGAGGGCAGGAUGUUGAUGAGGUGGUGGUUAGGAUGGUCUUUUAUAA